GUCAAUUGACUCGAAUUGUAUUAGACAGCUCCGGGAAUAGAAAAUAAUCUAAGAUAUGGCUUAAGUUGUGAUUUAAAGAACUUUCGUAAAUAAAAAGAAAUGGUUCAAUUAUUUUAUAUUGUCACUAGCUUGCAUGUGCUACUAUGUCCAUUCACAAAAGUCGAGGAAAGUUUUAAUAUUCAAGCAUUUCAUGAUAUUUUGUAUCAUCGGCUAAACAUAUCAGAGUACGAUCAUAAUGAGUUCCCGGGUGUAGUGCCGCGUAGUUUUAUUGGACCACUUGUGAUAUCUUCAUUAUGUUCACCUGUUGCUUUUUUAUUUCAUUUAUUUAGUGUAAAUAAAUUUUGGAUGCAGUAUGUAGUGAGACUGACUUUAGCAUUGACUGUAAUAGCAUCAUGGAAUCGACUUCGAAAUGCUUUAAGAAAGCAGUUUGGGAAUACUUUUGCCUGGUGGUUUACUUUAGUCACUUUAACCCAAUACCACUUUAUGUUUUAUAUGGGCCGUCCAUUACCUAAUAUUAUGGCACUGCCACUUGUACUCUUAGCACUUGAAGGAUGGUUACUUGGCAAACAUAAGCAGUUCAUAAUAUCAGCAGGUGCUUCAAUUAUUAUAUUCCGCUCUGAACUUGCGAUGUUGUUUGGUUUAUACCUUAUAAUAGACCUUUACUUUAAGAAGAUUGAUGUUCCAGCGUUACUUAAAAUAGUAAUUCCGGCCGGAAUUACUUUAGUAUCACUAACAUUACUAGUUGAUUCAAUAUUUUGGAGACGUCUUGUUUGGCCAGAAGCUGAGGUUUUUUGGUUCAAUACAAUUUUAAAUAAAAGUUCCGAUUGGGGUACCGCACCAUUUCUAUGGUACUUUUAUUCAGCGCUUCCUCGUGGUCUUGGUCCCAGCAUUGUUUUGGUGCCCAUAGGGUUGUACCUUGAGAGGCGUCUUGUACCAAUCGUUCUUCCGGCCUUAAUUUAUAUCUUGCUAUUCUCUUUUCUACCACACAAAGAGCUCAGGUUCAUAAUAUACGUUUUUCCUUUGCUCAACGUAUCUUCAGCUGCAGUAUGCUCAUACAUAUUUAUACGACGAACUAAAUCACCAAUUUAUGAACUACUUUUCUGGGGGACAGUGCUAAUUAUAAUUUGUAAUGUCAUAUUUUCCUUAGCACUAGCUAUGGUUGCAAUGACAAAUUACCCAGGAGGUAUUGCGAUAACAAGAUUUCACAAGUUAUUGAAAAAUGAACCUUACGUCCAUGUACAUAUUAGUAAUUUAGCAGCGCAGACUGGAGUGACUAGAUUCACGCAAUUAAAUGACCACUGGACUUACAGUAAAAAUGAAUCACUAAAUGUUGAUCAGUUACAAGAAUUUACUCAUCUUAUUUUUGAAGCAAAGAGUAAAUAUUCAUCAAAUCUUAAGGCAUUUUCUCAAACACAUAAUAUUUUAGAUAGUGUAGAAUCGUUUUCACAAAUUACAGUGACAUACAAACUCUUUCCUCCGAUUAAAAUAAAGACCAAACCAGCUUUAUUUAUCUUAGAAAGAAAGAAUUUCAGAGACGAUGCCUUUAAAUUGACCAAGCAGGAAAGAUACACAGAGGAUGUGGAGUUAGAUGGGGUGAGUGUUGAAGAAAAGGAAAUGGAUAAUACUAAUUUCAGUGAAGAAUUACUUGAAGAACCUUCUAAUCAAAUAUUAGAAGUUGAAAUAAACACUACAGAUGGUAUGGGGGAAACUAUCGAAAUCAUUGAAACAAUUCCAGAAGAAAACGUUGUUGUAGUAACGGAUGAUGAUAACGAAGACAAUGUAUCAGAAGAAGAAAUUGAGCAGGCAGCGGCAAAAAUUUCGAAGAUGAGAAAAACGUUAGAAGAAGUUAAAAUGUAUAAUAGACAAGAAAGAAAGAAAAAAGCCAUAUCAAAAAUAAAAUCAGAGACCCGAAAGGAAGUAGUGGCUAGUGCUAAGGAAAAAUUAAAGGAACUCAUGAAACGUCAUAAACAUAUCGCAGAUGAACUUUCUGACACACACAUAUCAGAUAAAUUCAAUGUAGAGAAAGAAGAAGAUGGGAGAGGAGAUAUACCUGAUGUUGAAAUUAAUCUAGUUGUUCCUACAAACAUGAAUGUACAAAUAGACAUUGAACCGUCGGAAGAUAUUGUUGAAGUACAUGAACCCACUAAUAACACAAAUGUAAAUAUUGAUUCUAUAGUCGAAGAGGUAAUAGUCCGUUUAAUAGAUAGAAAAAUUUAUGACGAUAAGACAAAACCCGAAGAUAUUAAACUUGAAGAUAGAAUAAUGAUUCAAAAGAUUGUAGAAGAAAUUUUAACUGAAAAAAUGAAUUAUACAAUAUCUGAAAACAAAACUAAUUAAAAAAGGGAUUUCGAACAAUUUAGUUGUGUGUAUACUAAUCAGUGAUCUCGAUGUGAAUAUAUAAAUAUUUAUAAUUUAUAGAUGUGUAUAUAAAUUACUACUUUUCAGUGCCAAAUUUAUUAUUGAUAAUAAAAUGAUUGUUCGGAAUUAAAGUAUAAUAAAUUAUUAUUUUUGAAUAUAUUUAGACUUUCUUGCAGUAAAUAAUAACUUUAUUGUGAACAUUAUUAUAGUAUUUCAAUCACAGCCCUGACUUCUGAACUAGAAUGGACAGUGUUGAUAUCCCUAUAAGUGUGAUAUGUAUCAGGAUGGUCUUAUGCAAGCCUGUAUCCAUGGCCUACUCAUCAAUUAUUGUUAUACUUUUAGGCAAGGGACUAAAAUCUUAGGUACGAUGAUUAGUGCCACAUUAGUAUCGAAUGGAACGAUUAAUAUUUAUUUUAAUGCUACUGUUUGUGGAACAUAUUCAUUUUUCAUCUUUUGAAGUCUACACUACUUGCAAUUAGUGCCUCCAACUAUUGUUUAGUUUACUGUUUAGUUUAAUUUACUUCACUAGCAUUAAUUGUAAAAACCUAAUUUCAAAGUCAUCGGUUUUUUCAUUAUAAGUCAUAAUCUCUAGCCAUGGGUUAAAUAAUAAAUAAAUCAGGAAAUCUAAAAAUUCGUAAAAUCGGCGAUUGUGUUUUCUUGUAUGAAUAUACAAACUGACAAAACUAUAUUUGAAAUAAUUUCCAUAAAUGACAAUUAUUAUUGUGCCUUAGACUAAAAAAUCUAUGCUUUUUAUUAUAGUAAGGAAAUAAAAAUAAGUUCCAGUACAAAAUAUUUUUUUUAUUAAAAUAUAAUUAACAUAUUAUAUCACUCACAAUUAUUGUAUUCAUCCAUCACAUAACGUUUUAUAUAAUAAUACCAUAAAACUAUGAACCAUGAACUAAAUGUAUUCA